AUGCCGAACAUUAUCCUGUUGGUUUCAAGGGGGCUGACCCCUCCUGGCUCCUGCUCUAGUACCGAGGAAAAAUCAAAACAUGAAGAAUGCAAAAUCUGCUCUUCAAUAGGAUCUAAUCUCAUUUCUCUCCAGCAGCAAAUAAAGACAUUAUUGAUCACAGUGAAUAACCUUAUCACAUCUAAUGACUCUAAUCUUGUUCGUGAUGUAAACAAAGAGGACAAUGGCCAAUCAGGAAAUUAUAUUGAUGAUCAACUAAAGGCUUACAGAGAAAAGCACCGUGCAAUCCACGAAAGUUCUUAUAGGCCCAAAAGCAAGAACGAUGUGAAAGCAGAAAUUCUCAUUAUCAGCGAUUCCAUGACAAGAGGAUUAGUUCCAGCCCGAUUGUCAAAACGUCGUAUUGCAUGUAAGACCCUCCCAGGCGCUAAGCUUGAAGAUGCGUAUGACAGAGUGUGUGACUCCGUUCAAAUGAGUAAACCUGCUCAGGUUAUUUUUCACCUUGGAACAAACAAUGUCAUGAUCGAUGACUCCAGUGAAAUUGUUGCCAAACACACCUCACUGAUUGAAGAAUUGAAGAAAUGCCACGGUUUCGAGUUUGUCACUAUUUCAUCAAUCAUUUUAUCGGCGCAACGAGAGCUCGGAAACUCGAAAGAAGGUGAAGUGGUCCAUAUCACAGUGCUGACCGAAAAAUAUACCACGAUAGAGACCCUCUCUGGUCAUGCUGGUGUACAGUACCAAUGCUACCGCAGUGUACCGGACAGAGAUGCCUCAUUGUCAUUUGGUCGAUCUGCACCUAUUACAACCAAUAGAUCACCGCCUAGUGAUCAGCCACAUUUUGUAUAUAGUCAUGUCAGAGUGAUCAGAUUCCCUAACAACAAUAAUUGGCCUUCAGAUGGUUUUGGUCCCUUCUACUGUGAAGCUGAAAAAGAGGAUCGAGACAUUACAAGGGUUACUACAUUUUUCCAGAGAAGUGAUGCUAAAUUCAUAACAAGUGAUGGCGUGUUUACGCAGACAGUCAAUGUGAAUUACACAGGAGUGGUGAUCUCAAUGACUAAUCGAGACCAACCUGAUGAUAAUGGCAAUGUGAUUACAUGGAGGAAAGAUGGUGGUAAUGUUCUUACACAAUUUGAGGGACAGACCAAUAUCAGCUUCCCAAACCCAAUCCAGAUGUCAGACCAAGGGAUUUAUGAGAUCUACUAUGGUGGCGAGAGGGACCAAAACAGAGGAGGAAUAUUCCGACUUAUUGUCAGGGAAUGUCCUGCUGGUAAGUGGGGUCCACCUGAAUGCCAUGGUAUAUGUGAUAACUGCUAUAAUGGUGGAGUCUGUGAUGACAAGUCUGGUCUUUGUAUCUGUCCUAACAACUUCAUGGGAGAAAACUGUUUAAAAAUUUGCAGGAAUGAUGGAGGGAAUAGGUUUGGAUUAACAUGUGAAUUUGAAUGCUCAAGACGUAACUUAAAUACUAGCUGUCGUGGCCUUCUGUUUUGCCUACCUGAUCCUUAUGGAUGUUCAUGUGAUGUUGGUUCCCAAGGUCUUGCAUGUGAUCGCGAUUGUGAUAUUGGCACAUAUGGUCCAGGGUGCUCACAAACAUGUAACUGUGCUGAUGUAUCAGCAUGUGAUCCUUUCAGUGGAAUUUGUACUACAGGUGGAUGUCAGUCUGGCUGGUCAGGGAACAAUUGUCAAAUUCCUGAUAUCUGUGAGGCUGGAUACUAUGGAUCAAAUUGCACGGAUAAAUGUCAUUGCAUGGAUGAUGUAUCUUGUGAUAAAACAACAGGAGCAUGUCCUAUGAAGUGUGCCUUGGGGUACAGCGUACGUAAUGGUCAGGAAAAUUGUCAAGAAUGUGAAGAAGGUAGGUUUGGCCUGGAUUGUCUUCAGCAAUGCCACUGUGCUCCAGAAGCCUGUGAGAUACAGAGAGGAUUGUGCGAUGGACAGUGUCUUACAGGCUGGAUUGAACCAUACUGUCAAAGAAUAUCACGCUAUGACUUAGUAAGAGUGAAUCCAUACCAACCAUCAAUCAUCACAUGUUAUGUUGAGGGGAUCCCACUUCCUGAUGCCUCAUCAGUUGAUCUUCGUCGACGUAUUGAUACCAACACUUACAACAUCACGGGAAUCACCAAGCGAUCAAGCUCUGUAUCAGGGUCAGAACGGGGUGUUCACUUUGAUAUUGAAAAUGUUUAUCCACCAGAAGAUGGGGACUAUGUCUGUGGUCUUAUUAUAGAAAACCAGUUCUACCCAACAAGCAUUACUAAUAUAACCUAUGUUCUUCCUGUCAUAAGUACGGCACCAUCUAUUGUCAGCACCACUUCAACUACAGUAUCUAUACAAUGGAAUGCCUGGUCUGCAGGAAAAGACAUAGGUGAUCCUCCCCUUAUAGGAUAUGAUGUAUUUGUAAGAAAAGGUGGCAUCUGGGAAAUAGAUCAGAGAGUAGAUGACUCUAUCACUUCAGCUACUGUUAGUAACUUGACUCCUGACACAGAAUACAGGUUUCGUGUUGCAGCCGUGAGGGAAGGAGAGGGUGGAACAGGUCCAUGGUCUCCAAGGAUUGAUGCAAUCACUCUGUGUACAGCACCAAGGUCUCCCCCAGCUGGAAUACAGGUGACAGCCAACAAUCCUAAAGAACUAGAAGUGACAUGGGAGUUCCUCUCAUUGGAUUCAGCAAACUGCAGGAGUGGUGUGACCAAUUAUAUGAUCUACUAUGCUCUCUCUGGUUCAUCAUCCACAAACUCUCGCAUAGUUUCUAAUGAUACAAGCUCCUAUACGAUAACAGGGCUGGGGACCUAUCUGGACUAUACCAUUGAAAUAAGUGCUUCAAAUAAAGAUGAGGAAAGUGACAAGAGCAGUGAGAUAAUCGGCAGAACACUUGAAGAAGUUGCACCAGCUCCUAUCAACGUGGCCAUACCAAGAAGUACUAAAAGUUCUUUCACUGUGUCGUGGUCCACUCCUCUCCCAUCGAACGUAAAUGGUCAUAUUCAGAUGUACACCAUUCGCUACAAGCAAAGCGAUCAAGGAGAUGAUGAUGAUUAUAUCAUGGAAAAUGCGUUGACAGAUGCAUUUGAAGCAGAACAUACUGUGACGAAUCUUCUGUAUGGUGUUAACUAUACAGUUCAGGUCCAAACUGUCAAUGGAGCUGGUUCUAGUAAGUGGUCGUACCCAGUCAGAGCUAAGACCAUCCUUGCUGGUCAUCACUGUAACGGGGUGCAAGUAGGCACUAUAAUUGCAGGUGUUUCAAUACCUCUAAUCAUCAUCAUCAUCUUCCUCAUCAUUCUCAAUGUUGUUACGUAUAGGAGGGCCAGACUAAGACAUCCAGUCACCGCAUCGUCAAAAGACACUGCACGUGAGCCAUCCCCAAGGUAUGAGAACCCUGCAUUUGAUGCAUCCAUGCGCACCUGCAAAAACGUGGAUAAAGACACCUACCAAGAUCUCGAUAUCGACACCAGGGACUACCAGAACCCUACUGACCCCCACACAUAUCAAGGGCUUAAGAAAACCAGCAUCGAUACCUCGCAUCAGAGUGUCAGCCAACCAGAGCCGGAAAUCACUUAUGAAUACAUUUAGAAUCGACUCCUAAGCACAGUUCCACUACCGAAUUACAGAAUGAAGCAAGUGCCAGAAGUGAUGUGCGUGUAUAUCUGUGUGUGUGUUGGUGGGAGGAUGCGUCUGUGUGUGUGUACAUUUUUGUGUGUGGAAGAAAGAAAUAACAUAAUAUGAGUGUCAAUAAUUAAUAAAUGGGUGAGUAUGGGUAUGACAAAUGAGGGUGUGUGUGUGAGUAUGGUAUAAACAAUUAAUAUAAGGGUGUGAGUAUGGUGAGCAGAACUAAUAUGAGGGUGUAAAUGAUUGUGUGGGUGCACUGUUAGAAAAUUUAUCCUUAAAAUAAAAGAAGUUCCUGCAGCAGAGUCUCGAGAACACCUGUAAUCUUACAAGAUUGCGUAAUCUUACAGAUAAUUGGUAUUUGGUGUAUGGAACCUUACAAAUUUUCUUUAAUAAAACACCCUUUUCUCCUUUUUAAACAUACCUGUUCUGUUAAAUUGCAGAAAAAUUCAUGUUUUAUGAAUUUAAAAAAAUCUAUGUAUAAUUUGCAUUCACAUAUUCAAUGAUUAUGUAGCAAUAUUCAUGUUUGAAAGAGAAAAGAAUAGAUAUCAUUUAAAACCAAACUAUAACAGUAUAACGGAUGAGAGAGGCGCACUUUAUCGGUUUUUCAAGAAUGGGUGUUGAAGUGAGUAUGUGACCCAACAUCACCCCAAAACCAAGGAAGGUUCUUUAAAAAUAGCUUAAACAGUCAUGAAUUUAGUUGGAAAAAAGAAAAAAAUGAAAAUCACCGUGUGCAAAAUAAUUCUCCUUCUGACAAAGUUUGAAGUUGUAAAAUUCAAUAAAAGAUGCGAAGGACGCAGUUUUGAUUUUUAACAAUACCUUUUUUUUCCGGACUGCUUAGAAAUUUCACUGAGAUUCAAUAGUGUCCUACGGUUGGGUGAAUAGAUCCCUUUGAAUCUUCAUGGCCUUAGGAAGCGGGGGUGCGAGGGGAUUUUCCUAGGGGGUACUUAGUGUGUUAUUCUCCAUAGGCAGCACUCCCUGGAAUUAUGGUAGAUGUGGCAAAAUUUAGAAAUAUAAACCAAAAUUUCCUCUUUUUUUUUUUUUUUUUGGGGGGGGGACUUGUCAGAUUUAUCGGGACCAAAACGACCUUCGUUUUGCAGUGAAACAUUAUUUUUUAGAGGAGGGGGGGGUGGGCUUGUUAAAUUAACAUCAGUACCCCUAUGUUAAAAAAAAAGGUUCCAUGACCCUACUUAUUUUUUGAAGCUCUAACUUAAUCUAUUUUUCUAUUCAAUAAUUUAAGUACUUCCGUAGUUUUUUUCUUUGUUUUUUGAGUUUUGAGGUAUAACAUAUUAUUUCAAAGCUUAAGAUGUGCCACUUCCAGGUCAAUGGAAAUUUCAACAUUCAUCUUGGGCGUAUAUUGCAACCCUAUCAAAUUAAAUAUAUAACACAGUAUAUUGCGACAAAGUGAUCGCAAACGAUCGCAGGAGCAAUUGGGAAAGCCCCCUAAGGGAGGAGCACCCUUCUCUGUAUGUGGGGUUAAUAUUAACCUGUAUCGGCCGCACAGAAACGCUGUUAGCGUAACAUUUCACUAACACUGCCGUAACAAAGGGCCCUGUUACAACCGGUAAUCUCGCUGCGAUGGCUAUAAUGCAUUAUUUACAUCUGAGAUCAACGCUUGACAUCACAAUCUGUAUAGUAUUAUCCAUUAACAAAUCAGCUCCAAACAACAUGGGUAGAAAUACCGCACAGAAGGCACAGAAAGCUGUUGUUAGGGGAUUAGAGUGAGGCAAACUCUAUUAUUUGUGCGUAGUGAUCUAGAUUUAACUUAGAUUUACGUAUGAUUAUUUGCACAUCCUACAAGUUUAAAAUCUUGUCUAGGAAAGGGUAAAGGAAUGGAAUUCAUUAUCAUAUAGGCCUACAAAAUUGAAUUAUUAUUACAUUUUAAACAAGAAAUGGCAGCAGAUAGUAUAUAUAUAUUUACUAAUGUAAUUAAAAAAAUAUCGAAUAAGCUUC